AUGGGGUACAUGAACAAUCAACGUGAUAAUUGGAGAGCCCCCAAUGCCAAUUAUGGUAAUAGAUUUCAAGAUGCAAGUGGCCCAAGCCACAACACGGGUCAAAUGGCUCCCUUUCCAAAUCCAAAUGCUAGCAAUCACCCUAGAGCACCAUUCAAGCAAGGACCACCCAACCAAUUUCAAAAUUUCCAACCCAACCCUUCCAUGCAAAAUGACCCUAAUCAACAAAUGAUCAUGGAAACUCUCAAUAGAAUCCAAUCAAGCCUAUCCGCCAUGGAUCAAAGAAUAACCAAUAGUGAGCGAAAAGCGGAUCAAAGGCAUCAAGAGGUCACCGCACAUCAAAAGAUGAUGGAUAAUCAAGUGGCUCAACUCGCCGAGAGGGUGACCAAUCUAGCCAAUGAGAAGCUCCCGGGCCAACCUACUACCAACCCGGCUACCACCCAUCAUAUCAAAGCUAUCUCUCUUAGGUCCGGAAAGUCUUAUGAGGGGCCUAGGAGUGAUCAAUCGGAGCACAACAAGGAGGGUGAAGAGCAAGAGGUUGAGGAGGUCCAUGGAGAUAACCAAGGUCAAAGAAUUGAGAAUAGUGUUGAAGGAGGCAUUGAGAAGAAGAAGGGUGAAGGUAGUGAAAAGAGUAAGGAAGUUGGGAAAGACAAGCAACCAUCAACAUCUUAUCAACCAUCAAGGUUUGAACCACCACCGCCUUAUCCCGAGAGGAUUGUUGAGAGGAGAUUGAAUGACAAGUACAACAAGUUUAUGGCUAUGCUCAAGUCACUUCACAUCAACAUUCCAUUCCUUGAAGCCAUGACUCAAAUGCCACCCUAUGCAAAAUUCCUCAAGGAACUCCUCUCCAACAAAAAGAAGCUAAGUGAUGAGUGUAUCACUCUUCCUCAUCAAGUUAGUGCCCUAGUGCAAAGAACCUUGCCUACCAAGCAAUGUGAUCCGGGAAGCUUCACUCUUCCGGUCAAGAUUGGUGAUAUGGAGACCACGGGUGCACUAGCCGAUCUUGGGGCAAGUGUGAGCCUCAUGCCACUAUCCAUUGCAAAGAAGCUCAAGUUCGAGAUGAUACCUUCAAGAAAGGUGAUUCAAUUAGCCGACCGGUCCACAAAAUUCCCAUGCGGUGAGUUAGAAGACGUUCCUAUCAAGAUUGGGAAUUUGUUUGUGCCUUGCGAUUUUGUGGUGAUGGAUAUGGAGGAGGACCCUCAUACUCCUCUUAUCCUUGGAAGAGAGGCACUCAAGACCAUGGGAGCGGUCGUCAAUUGCAAAGAUAAUACCAUUACAUGUGAGGUGGCCAAUGAGAAGUACAAGUUUGAAUUCUCAAAGACUUUGAAGCAACCUAUGGUAGAGAAGAUUUGGCGGGUGGACUUGGUGGACUCCGAACUUGAUGAAUUGGUGAAGUCUCAUGAGGUAUUUAAAGACAAGGGUGAUGAAGACCUCCCUGUGAGGAGGUGGGUGAAGGAGAAUCUUUGUGUGCCUUGGAGGUUGAAAGCCUUGAAGGUGAAACUCAUCCCGAGACUCAAGGAGCCGUGGAUGAGCUCCCAUCGAUCCAAAGUGAGUCUAAGGAGGAGAGUUCCACGCCUCCUCCCAAGGUAG